CGCUGUGCGCAUCGCACUUUAGAGAGAGAGAGAGAGAGAGAGAUAUAUGAGAAAUGCGCACUGAAGGAGAGUGAGACAGGACACAGGCUCAGAUCGAGGAGAAAGAAAAACAGAAGAAAGACGGAAAGGAAUAAGAGACGGGGUUUGUUUAUUUAUUUAUUUUUACAUAUACAAUCUCUUUAAAGAGAAUCAGAUCAAAGGUCGGCUUGUGAUUGUGAGAAGGUGAGAAGCAGACCCGGUUCCUCUUCCUGUUCUCCUGGGCCUCAGGCCUGAGUCAAUCUGUCUGCCAUGGUACUGAUCCUGGGAAGACGGCUAAACCGGGAGGAUCCGGGAGUCCGCGAGUCUCCCGCCGUCAAGCGCAAGGUUCUGGAGAUGGACACAAAAACUCUGAGCAGUCACGAUGUGUUCGACUUCUCCUCAGGCCCGAGCCAUGCCGAGAGCAUCCUCCAGAUGUUCAAUGAGUUCCGUGACGGCCGGCUCUUCACGGACGUGGUGAUCAGCGUGGAGGGUCGUGAGUUCCCGUGUCACCGCGCCGUGCUGUCGGCGUGCAGCAGCUACUUCCGUGCCAUGUUCUGUAACGACCACCGCGAGAGCCGCGCCAUGCUGGUGGAGAUCAACGGCAUCCGUGCGGACGCCAUGGACACCUUCCUGCAGUACGUGUACACGGGUCGAGCGCGCAUCACCACAGACAACGUGCAGUUCCUAUUCGAGACAUCCAGCCUGUUCCAGAUUGGGACGCUGCGUGACGCCUGCGCCAAGUUCCUCGAGGACCAGCUGGACCCGUGUAACUGCCUGGGCAUCCAGAGAUUCGCCGACGCCCACUCGCUCAAGCAGCUCGCUAACCGGUGCCGUACCUACGCCCUGCAGAGCUUCGGCGACGUGGCGCAGCACGAGGAGUUCCUGGACCUGCGCCGCGAUGAGCUCGAGGAGUACAUCUCCAGCGACGAGCUCGUCAUUGGUAAAGAGGAGACUGUGUUCGAGGCCGUCAUGCGCUGGGUCUACCACGACACCGAGCACCGCCGUGCCGUCCUGCGUGACCUCAUGACGCACGUCCGCCUGCCGCUGCUGCACCCAAACUACUUUGUGCAGACCGUCGAAGGCGAUCAGCUCAUCCAGAACGCCCCAGAGUGCUACCAGCUGCUGCACGAGGCACGGCGAUACCACGUACUCGGCAAUGAGAUGAUGUCACCUCGGACACGCCCACGCAGGUCCACGGGUUUCUCGGAGGUCAUCGUGGUGGUGGGCGGCUGCGAGCGAGUCGGAGGUUUCAACCUCCCGUACACGGAGUGCUACGACCCCGUCACAGGGGAGUGGAAAUCACUGGCCAAACUUCCCGAGUUCACCAAGUCUGAGUAUGCGGUGUGCGCCCUCCGGAACGACAUCCUGGUCUCAGGAGGUCGCAUCAACAGCAGAGAUGUGUGGAUGUACAACUCACAGCUCAACAUCUGGAUCCGAGUGGCUUCGCUGAAUAAAGGACGCUGGAGACACAAAAUGGCCGUCUUACUGGGAAAGGUGUAUGCGGUGGGCGGUUACGACGGUCAGUCGCGUCUCAGCAGUGUCGAGUGUUAUGACUCUUUCUCCAACCGCUGGACGGAGGUGGCCCCCAUGAAGGAGGCGGUGAGCUCCCCGGCGGUGGCUGGCUGCGUCAACAAGCUCUACGUCAUUGGAGGAGGCCCUGAUGACAACACCUGCUCUGAUAAGGUCCAGUGUUACGACCCGGAGUCAGACUGCUGGUUGCUAAGGGCCAACAUCCCCAUCGCUAAGCGCUGCAUCACCGCCGUGUCCCUCAACAACCUCAUCUACGUGUCGGGCGGUUUGACGAAAUCCAUCUACUGCUAUGACCCCACUGAGGACUACUGGAUGCACGUGGUGCACACCUUCAGCAAACAGGAGAGCUGCGGGAUGUCGGUGUGUAACGGGAAGAUCUUCAUCCUGGGCGGUCGCAGUGAGAGCGGCGAGGCGUCGGACACUAUCCUGUGCUAUGACCCGGCUACAGGGAUCAUCACAGGUGUAGCAGCGAUGCCACGCCCCAUCUCCUACCACGGCUGUGUGACCAUCCACCGCUACAACGAGAAGUUCUACCACACAUGACCCUCAACAUACAUGCUUAGUUCUUUCCUCCUCACACACACACACACACACACACACACACACACACACAGGCCUCUGCAGAGUGGAUAUCACCUGAGCUGUAUGUGUGUAUAUUUACACUGUAAUCUUGUAAUAAAAGGGUGAAAGUCGCUCACAGGAAACUAAUAACAGUUGUAAUGAUUAUAAUUCUGUAAAUGCACUUACAGUAAAAUCCUCAUGUUAAGAAUCAUUUUAGAAAUUAAUAUUUACAUUUAAUAAUGAUUUAAUUCUAUUUCAUUCCCUGUUGGCGAAACAAAAUUAGACAUGAAGCAAUGUUGUUUAAAUAUCAUUAAAUAUUUUAAUUUUAAGGUGUUUAAGACAACAGUUAAACAGUAAAUGUACAUAUUUUGCAUUAUUUUAUUUUAUAUUAUAGUUAUUAAUAAAUAAAUAUUAUUUUAUUAUAUUAUUUACUUAUUUUCCUGAUACUGUUAUUAGUUUUCUCCUGGCGUUGUUACCAUUCUUUCAGUACAUUAAUGCUGGCAGGUCCCUCCAUCCACCCUGUGACCUUUGACCCCUUGCUUUUUUUUUUUUUGCUUUUAUCUUUUUGAAUACGUUGCUCUCCUACUUUUUAUUGUCACUGUUGUUAUUUUAUUUGGGUGUUUGUGUUAAUGGUGUGUAUGUGUGUGUGUGUGUGUGUGUGUGUGUGUGUGUGUGUGUGUGUGUGUUCAGGAAAUAAUUUAAGAAUUUUAAAGUUAAGAUGAGUUUAUUUGUACGCAGUCAUGGACUCGUCUUUGUGUUUAUUCCUGAUUAAUAUCUAACCAGUAAGAGUGUUCUUCUUCUUCUUCUUCUUCUUCUUCUUCUUCUUUUUCUUUCCCUUUUUUUAUUAUUCAUGGUUGCUGAAAAUUUGUUUUUUAUGUUUAAUAUAAUCUUGCUGUGCUGUCUGUAUUUUCAAGGCUUCUUUUCUUUUUUCUUUUUCUUUUCUUUUCUCUAAGCCCUAAAACAACAUUUACAGUCGUCUGUAUUUUUUGUUGUAAAUAUAAAUUAAAUCCUUUUUUUACCAUAUCAGUAAUUUUUUUAUAAUCACACCAACAAUUUAUUACUGUAAUUAAAAGGAAAAAAAAUUAUUGAAAGAUGUAGCAACCACAAACUGAACGACAGUGUGCGUGUGUGUGUGUGUGUGUGUGUGUGUGUGCGUGCAUGUGCGUGUGUGUGUGUGUGUGUAUUUUCGUGUGUGUUUGUGUGUAACUGAGUUUUACGUUUUUUUUCAUCCAGGGAAGUUUUCACUGCUCACCGUAUCUGUGAUGUGGAUUAUAUGAGUUCGUAUAGUUGAGUGCAAAAGUUUGCACACCCUUAGGACAAAAUAAUCAGACAAUUUAAAUGAGGAAUUUGAAUUAAAUGAUUUUUUAGUGUUCCUUAGUCAUCAUAAAAUGGUGAAAUAGUGUGUGUUAACAUAUUAAUAGUAAAAAAAAAAUCUAAAUUAUAUCAGUUAGAAAAUGUAUAUACUCUCACCUUCUUUUUAUUUUGGUGAUUAUAUAUAAUUCUCAAAUAACUGUAAUAUUGACUCUUUUCCUUCAUAGCGUCCUCUAACAAGACCGAAAUUCAGAGAAAAACUUGUUUUAUGCAUUUUUUUUCUUUGCAUUGUUGUGUUGUUGGAGACCGGAUAACCCGGCAUGUGAUUCUUCAUCUCUCGGGAUUAUUUGCAGAUUAUUUCUGUUUUCACAGAACAGGCAAAAAAAAAAAAAAAAAAGAUUUUUGAAAAAAUUUGUAUUUUUUUAAACCAAUAAGGAUACAAACUUUUGCACUGGACUGUGUAUUAACUCUCAUCCACCAAUGUACACAACAUUUAAUAAAGUGUUUUAAUCAGUCAGCUGGUUUAAUCCUGAAAUGUAAACGCUCCAGGAGACGUUAGUGCUGACUUUACUGCUUUUAUUAUUAGAGAUUAUUAUGGGUUUCGUUUUAGUUUUUAUUUUGAGGAAUUUUGGGAGAAAACUGUCAGUGAUUUACGAGUGUUAAUGUAACUGUCACACUGUGGGGUCAUUAAAAAAGUUCCAUAAUUAAUAAUCUGUUUAUUUUGUAUGUUCACGGGCGGUGAAUAAACAACACGUAAAAAAAAAGUAAUAAGAGGAAUCCUCCACUCGAGUCACGAAAUUUUGCCUUGCUGUUUUCAGCCUGAUGUGGUGAAUAUGAGGGACAGAGAGUGUUAGUGAGUGUUUGAGAGUCUUUGCGAGUGUUUGAGAGUAUUUGUGAGUGUUUGUGAGUGUUUGCGAGUGUUUGUGAGUGUUUGAUAGUUUUUGCGAGUGUUUGAGAGUCUUUGCGAGUGAUGAGAGUAUUUGUGAGUGAUGAGAGUAUUUGCGAGUGUUUGCAAGUGUUUGUGAGUGUUUGCGAGUGUUUGAGAGUUUUUGCGAGUGUUUGAGUCUUUGCGAGUGUUUGAGAGUCUCUGCGAGUGAUGAGAGUAUUUGUGAGUGCUUGCGAGUGUUUGAGAGUCUUUGCGAGUGUUUGUGAGUGUUUGCAAGUGUUUGAGAGCCUUUGCGAGUGUUUGAGAGUUUUUGUGAGUCUUUGAAAGUCUUUGCGAGUGUUUAUUUAUAUCCUGUCUGUAUAAAUGCGUCACUCAUCUGUUUUCUUUAUUUCCAGAGUGAUUGACGUGUGUACAGUGAAAAUGUUCUGAACCUGCCUUAAUAAAGUUCUUUUCCAUG